AUGGUGGCCGGGCGUGUCAAGGCGGCCAUGGGCUUCCACAGCAGCCCCAGGGCGCCCAAAUCGCCGGCGCCGGCGACGACGGCCCCCGCUGAGGGGUAUGCACACACGCCGGCCCGGGUUCCCUCCUCGUCAACGUCAUCGCCUGCCCCGUGCGGCUCGGCGUCGAAGGCGUCCGCGUUCGCGCGGUCCUUUGGCGCUUACUUCCCGCGCUCGUCGGCGCAGGUGCAGCCCGCGCGCGCGCCGCCGGAAGUCGCCGGGCUGCUGCGCGCCAUCGAGCAGCUCCAGGAGAGGGAGUCGCGCCUCCGCGUCGAGUUGCUUGAGCAGAAGAUACUCAGGGAGACCGUUGCUAUCGUCCCUUACUUAGAGGCCGAGCUCGCGGCGAAGAGCAGCGAGCUCGAGAGGUACAAGGAGUCCGCCGCGCGGCUCGAGUCCGAGAACAUGCGGCUGUGCGCUGAGCUGGACGCUGCGGCGCUGGAGGUUACGAGCAGAAAGCAGAGGAUUGUUCAAGUGGAGAAGGAAAUGGCAGAGCUGAGGAAGCAGCACGACGCUGAUGACUGCUGCUCGUCGUCGGCUUCGGUCUCAGCAGAGCACUUGUCGGUCCCGUUGCACGCCUCAGCACCGAGCUCUUCGUCAUCCUCGUCCACGUCGACUUCACCGACGGAUUCAGGCUCGUCGUCAGACACGGCGGCCAUGCCAAGAACCCGCGUGCCGGAGCUGUCGAAGCUGCCGCCGAUACCUCCGCCACCGCCACCGCCACCGCGGCCUCAGCUGACGCCGGCACCCAGCCUGAGCGUGAGCUCAGGCUCAAUGGGCCUGUUCGGAAGCGCAGGCGCGCCACCUCCUCCGCCCCCGCCCCCGCCCCCACCGUCCAAGAGGACAUGUUCGCCGGUGAGAUCGGGUUCAUGCGUGAGGCGCGUGCCUGAGGUGGUGGAGUUCUACCACUCACUGAUGCGGAGGGAGUCCAAGAGGGACGGAGGGAGCGGUGCCGACGCAGCGAGCGGUGGCGGCGCGGCGGCGACCAGGGACAUGAUCGGCGAAAUCGAGAACCGGUCGGCUCACCUCCUCGCGAUCAGGUCGGACGUGGAGACGCAGGGCGACUUGAUCCGGUUCCUGAUCAAGGAGGUGGAGGGCGCGGCGUUGGUCAACAUCGAGGGCGUGGUCAGCUUCGUCAAGUGGCUCGACGACGAGCUAUCCCGCCUGGUGGACGAGCGCGCGGUGCUAAAGCACUUCGAGUGGCCGGAGCAGAAGGCGGACGCGCUCCGGGAGGCGGCGUUCGGCUACUGCGACCUGAAGAAGCUGGAGGGCGAGGCGUCCUCGUUCCGCGACGACCCCCGCCAACCCUGCGCCGCCGCGCUCAAGAAGAUGCAGGCCCUCUUUGAGAAGCUGGAGCACGGCGUGUACAACCUCGCACGCGUCCGCGACGGCGCCACCAGCAGGUACGCCCGGUUCCAGAUCCCGUCGGAGUGGAUGCAGGACGCCGGGAUCGUCAGCCAGAUCAAAUUCCAAUCCGUGAAGUUAGCCAGGAGGUACUUGGAACGGGUUUCCUCGGAGCUUGAAGCCAUCAAAGUCGGCCCAGACGAAGAGGAGUUGAUGCUUCAAGGAGUACGAUUCGCCUUCAGAGUACACCAGUUUGCGAACGGUUUCGACGCCGACACCAUGCGCGCGUUCCAGGAGCUCAAGGAGAAGGCGUCCCUGUGCCGAUUUCAGCGGCAAAAACAGAGUACACGCAUGCGGCAGCAACAGCAAAGGCUCGUUGGGAGGCCCUGA